AUGGCUACAACCGUUGAGAUUCGUGUCGGCAUCGACGGCGACAUGUUCAUUCUUCACCAGUCAGCUCUGUGCGAAGUCUCUCCCUUCUUCAGAAACACUUUUCUUGGAGACUUUAAAGAGGCCAGAGAGAAAAAGAUGGAGCUUCCCGUGACGGAUACCGAUACGUUCAAGAUCUUCGUCGAGUGGCUUUAUUCCCGGAAGCUACUACUCGAUCCAAGGGACAGUGAGCUGGCGCGCGUGUGCAGACUACCGGAUCUCGCGUACCUCUACAUAUUCGCGGAUAACUACGACGUGCCACAACUAGAGAGGGAUACAAUGGAUGCAAUCAUAUCCUGCGUGCACAAGAACUACCCGCUUCCAGACUCCGAGGUAAUUCGUUAUGUGUAUGAAAACUUGCCAGAGGACUCGCCGCUCUGUAAGCUCUUCGUCAACGAGUACGCACGCACUGAUCAAGUGCUUGCCGGCGGCCCUGACCACUGGCCCGCUCGAUUUGUGUUCGACGCAUUCAACGCCACGUGCCGCGCGAGGGCACAGCACAGUCCACUUGUCAAGCCAACACAUGACUGCACGUAUCAUCAACACACCACGGAGGCGGAGGAGAGGGCCUGUAUGGGCGGAUGA